CCUAAUCGCGUCGCAUUAUCUGCGAACCUCUUCCGUUGUUCACGAAUGUCAGCCCUGUUGAUUUUACCACGCAUGCAUUUUCGGAACCUCUCUGCAGGUGCUGCGCGAAAGGAGAGUUACGGACGGUAGAUCAAAGAGUAUCAAAGAGUAUAGAUGUAGAUUGACAGCUGGUGUUGAGUAGAACUGGAAUCACUCUACCGAUUUUAAACCAAAGGAGAUAAUAUGGCUAAUAUAGACAUCAACGUUACGGGCGACAUGCAAGCUGCGCAUCUUAAACAAUCUACGAGCGGAUACGAAUUUCUACAGUUGCCGCAAUUACCACUGGGGCAAUUGGGUUAUCCUUUGGCACAGGAAUGGAUACAACAUAGAAGAGCAACGCUAAGGCCAUGGUCUUUAUUUUUGAAUACUAAUAAUAUUCGUCCACCACCGAGUCUGACAAGAUUAAGCAAACGUGUGAUGAGAAAUAUUGAAUAUUUUCAAAGCAACUACUUAGUGGUAUUCAUCGGGCUGGUUAUAUACUGCCUAAUUACAUCUCCACUUCUUUUACUAACUGUAGCAGCAUCUCUCGGAACUUGUUAUAAAGUGUCUCAGAGACAUGCAAAGCAAGAACUGAUGAUUCUGAAUCACAAGCUUACACUCGCACAAGUGUAUUCUUUAGUUGGUAUCUGUUCAUUGCCUUUAUUCUACUUAGUUGGAGCCGGAGCUGCUCUUUUUUGGGUUUUGGGGGUAUCUUGGUUUAUGGUAAUGUUGCACGCUGCUUUUUAUAACAUCGAUUCGGUACUGUGCCCUGGGGAAGAUGAAUUAAAUUCAUUGGUAUUACAAGAAGUAUGAAAAGCGUGUUUUGUAUUGACUUUAACAUCAAUACAUAUCGCUCGAGUUUAACCAAUUUGAUCAAUAGUACUGAUAAUUUAUUACGUUACAAAUUACUGCAAUAUUCUCUGAAUUGUUAAUUUUUUAAAUCGCAAAAAUUGUUUCAUAAAAUAUAUUAUUGUUCAUAAUGUAUGGAAUAUACUGCAACCGUUGUAAUAAUUUUUACGUAGGUAGGUCAUUUUUGUAAUAAAUCUUUAUAUAUUUCAACUUUUCUGGUACAAAAGCGCAAUUAGGUAGCUUGCAACAUAAUUAUAUCAUGACUUAAUAUUAAAAAAAAAAUAGCAUGAAAUUUAUCUAACUACAUUUAUUAGGCAAGUACAUUAAAUCAUACUGUAUAUAUUAUAGCAUUGCUGUUGUAAGAUCAGUUCUAUGUACAAUCUACUUCAUGUAUAUUAAAAUAUUUUGUAUUAUAA